ACAUACAAUUCUUAACCCGGCAACCCGAUCUGAAAACCACAAACUCUCCUUGUGGUUUUCACCGGGAAAAAAAAUCUCAGCUGUUUUUAUCUCUCUAUUUGCAAAUGGCCGCAGCGUUUUUGAAUAUUGGCAGCUACAUUUUCGUCUUCUUAUUAUCGUCAUUAGCCACAUUAGCACCACAGGUUCAAGCCAAUAUUGCCGUCUUCGACGACUACUGGACGCAGCGUCAAGGCGAUGCGUUGAAACAAACUUUGGCCUCUUUCGAUCCUUAUCCUCUUAACGUUACCAACCACUUGAAUUACCAUGUCGCUUUAGCACUUGACACCACGGAAUCAACCAACAGCACAAGAAGAGAGCUUUCACAGGCGAGACGUGGUCGUAAAAUGCAAAACAGAGGAAAAUGCGUAGCUCAUAACCCGAUAGACAAAUGCUGGAGAUGCGACCGUGAUUGGGAGAAGAACCGUAAGAAACUAGCGGUCUGUGCCCUCGGAUUCGGCAGGAGAACCACCGGAGGAAAAGACGGACCGAUCUACGUAGUCACCGAUGCCUCAGACGACGAACUUAUCAGCCCUAGGCCAGGAACAUUAAGACACGCGGUGACACGAGACGGACCGCUUUGGAUCAUCUUCGCAAGAAGCAUGGUUAUAAAACUGCAACAGGAACUGAUGAUGACGAGCGAUAAAACGAUCGAUGGACGUGGAGCUAGGGUGUACAUCAUGGGAGGUUCUGGACUAACGCUGCAGUUUGUGAAUAAUGUAAUCAUACACAAUAUCUACAUCAAGCAGAUUGUUCCCGCGAACGGCGGUUUGAUCAGAGACUCCGAGCAACAUAUAGGGCUCAGGACAAGAAGUGAUGGUGAUGGAAUCAAUUUGUUUGGAGCAACUAAUGUUUGGAUCGAUCAUGUCUCGAUGACGAGAUGUUCUGAUGGUAUGAUUGAUGCGAUUCUAGGAUCCACUGCAGUGACUGUCUCCAACAGCCAUUUCACAGACCACCAAGAGGUGAUGCUUUUUGGGGCCAAUGACAAACACGAGAUCGACAAGAAGAUGCAGAUAACAGUUGCAUUCAACCACUUUGGUAAGAGACUGGAACAGAGAAUGCCCCGGGUCAGAUUUGGAACGAUACAUGUGGUGAACAAUGACUACACACAUUGGGAAAUGUAUGCAAUUGGUGGGAACAUGAACCCUACAAUCAUUAGUCAUGGCAACCGUUUCAUUGCUCCUCCCAACGAACAAGCCAAACAGAUCACAAAGAGAGAGUACACUUCUUACGUUGAUUGGAAACUUUGGAAUUGGCAAUCAGAAGGAGAUUACUUCCUGAAUGGAGCUUACUUUGUGCAAUCCGGUAAACCUAAUGCCUGGAGCCCUAAACCGAAAAACCCUAUUCCAAACAAGUUUGCGAUCCGACCUAAACCGGGAACGAUGGUCCGUAAACUCACCAUGGAUGCAGGAGUACUGGGCUGCAAACAAGGUCAAGCCUGCUGAGUGAAAUAACCAUUUUGUUGCCUUCCAACAAACAAAGCUUGUGCUCUCUGUAUUUGCUUGUUGACCAAGAAAAGAAUGAGAGAAAGAGAGGUGAAAAGCAAAUGAAACUGGUUUUUCUAUGAAUGGGGUUUUGUAAUAUUAUUCUUGUUAGGAUUCAGUUUCCUCUAUAUACAAUUUUCCCAUAUAUUUUCACUA